AUGUGUCUGUUCUUGUACCAGUGCUAUGCUGUUUUGGUCUGCAGUAAUGUCUUACGGCACUGGGUGCUCAUCUACGGAAUGGAGAUGGGCAAUCAGUCCUCAGAAGAUGAAAGGCCCAGGGCCCACAGUGAAGUUUUUAGGGGUUACGUGUUGGUCAUCAGACCCCUCAUGACUCAGACUUUUCAGACUCUAAACCUGCAAAUCAUCCUUAAUCCAUUCCCACCACCUUAUUUGUCCUCCACCGCAGGCUCUGAGAAUACCACAGCCUUCACCAAAGGCUCUGACACCACUAGAGUCUCCAUCACAGGCUCUGAGACCACCAUGGCCUCCACCAUGACCUCCACCAUGGCCUCUACUGUGGCCUUAACUACAGACUCAGACUCUAAGAUCACCACAGACUCCACCACAGGCUUUGAGACAACGUCGGCCUCCACCAUGGCUUCUACUGUGGCCUUCACCACAGGCUCUGAGAUUGCCACCACCUCCACUGCAGGCUCCGAGGCCACAAAAAUCUCUACCACAGGCUCUGAGACCACCACAUCAUUUACUGCAGGUUCUGAGACCACCAGCACCUCCACCUCCAUGUCAGGCUCUGAGAAUACCACAACUUCGGCUGCAGACUCUGAUAGGAUCACGGCAUCCAGCAUGAGCUCUGAGACCACUUUGGCCCCCACUGCAGCCUCUAACACCAGCACAGCCUCAACAACAGGCUCUGAGACCACUACAGUCCCAAUCAAAACCUCUGAGACCACCACAGCCUCUACAGCAGGUUCUGAGACCAACACUUCCUCCACCACAGGCUCUCAGACCACCGUAGUCUCUAUUUCAAGUUCUGAGAUCACCACCACCUCCACAGCAGGAUCUGAGACUACCAGAGUCUCCACAGUAAGCCCUGAGACCACCACAGUCUCUAGUGCAGGCUCUGAGACCACCACAGCUUCUACGGCAGGCUCUGAAACCACCACCAUGUCCACUGCAGGCUAUGAGACCACUACAGUCUCUACCACAGGCAGUGGGACUACCACAGUCUCCACCAUGGGCUAUGAGACCACCACAACCUCUCCUACAAGCUCUGAAACCACCACAGCUUCUACUUCAGUCUCUGAGACCACCAUCACCUCCACUGCAGGCUCUGAGAUCACCACAACCUCUACUGCAGGCUCUGAGACCACCACGGCAUCCACCAUGGGCUCUGAGACCACUAUGGCCUCUACCAUAGACUCUGAGACCACCAAGGUCUCCACUGCAAGCUCUGAGAUGAUCACGGUCUUUGCUAUAGGCUCUGAGACCACCAUGGCCUCUACCACAGGCUCUGAAACCGUCACAGCUUCCACUGCAGGCUCUGAGACCACCCCAGCUUCCACCACAGGCUCUAAAACCACUAUGAUCUCUAACACAGGCUCUGAGACCUCCACAGCCUCCAUCAUGAGCUCUGAGACCACCACAUAUUCUACCACAGGCUCUGAGACAACCACAGCCUCCAUUGCAGAUUCUGAGAUGACUGCAACCUCUACUACAGGCUCUGAGAUCACCACAGCCUCUAUUACAAGCUCUGAGACCACUAUAGUAUCCACCAUGGGCUCUAAGACCACUAUGGCUUCUGCGAUAGGCUCUGAGACCACCAAGGCCUCCACUGCAAGCUCUGAGACAACCACAGUCUUCACUGAAGUCUCUGAGACCACCACAGUCUCAACCACAGGCUCUGAGACCACCACAGGCUCUGAAACCAUCAUAGCCUCUACUGCAGGCUUAGAGACCACCACAGUCACUACCACAGGCUCUGAGACCACCACAACCUCUACCGAAGGCUCCGAGAUGACCACAGCCUCUACCGCAGGAUCCGAGACCACCACAGCCUCUACCGCAGGAUCCGAGACCACCACAGCCUCUACCGCAGGAUCCGAGACCACCACAGCCUCUACCGCAGGAUCCGAGACCACCACAGCCUCUACCGCAGGAUCCGAGACCACCACAGCCUCUACCGCAGGAUCCGAGACCACCACAGCCUCUACCGCAGGAUCCGAGACCACCACAGCCUCUACCGCAGGAUCCGAGACCACCACAGCCUCUACCGCAGGCUCAGAGACCACCACAGUCUCUACAGCAGGCCCUGGGAUCACCACAGCCUCUACUGCAGGCUCAGAGACCACCACAGCCUCUACCGCAGGAUCCGAGACCACCACAGCCUCUACCGCAGGAUCCGAGACCACCACAGCCUCUACCGCAGGAUCCGAGACCACCACAGCCUCUACCGCAGGCUCAGAGACCACCACAGUCUCUACAGCAGGCCCUGGGAUCACCACAGCCUCUACUGCAGGCUCAGAGACCACCACAGCCUCUACAGCAGGCUCUGGGAUCACCACAGCCUCUACUGCAGGCUCAGAGACCACCACAGUCUCUACAGCAGGCUCCGGGAUCACCACAGCCUCUACCGCAGGAUCCGAGACCACCACAGCCUCUACCACAGGAUCCGAGACCACCACAGCCUCUACAGCAGGCUCUGAGACGACCACAGCCUCUACCGCAGGCUCUGAGACCACCACAGCCUCUACUGGAGGCUCAAAGACCACCACAGUCACUACCACAGGAUCCGAGACCACCACAGCCUCUACUGCAGGUUCUGAGACCACCACAGCCUCUACUGCAGGAUCUGAGACCACCACAGCCUCUACCACAGGCUCAGAGACCACCACAGUCACUACCGCAGGAUCCGAGACCACCACAGCCUCUACUUCAGGCUCAGAGACCAUUACAGUCACUACCACAGGCUCUGAGACCACCACAACCUCUACUGAAGGUUCUGAGAUGACCACAGCCUGUACCACAGGAUCCGAGAUCACCACAGCCUCUAUUCAAGGGUCUGAGACCACCAUAGUCUCUACCUCAGGCUCUGAGACCACCACAGCCUCUACUGAAGGCUCUGAGACCACCACAGCCUCUACUGAAGGCUCUGAGACCACUAUGGUUUCUACUGCAGGCUCUGAGAUCACCACAGCCUCUACUGAAGGCUCUGAGACCACUACUGUCAUUACCAUGGGCUCUGAGACCACCACAGACCUCACUGCAGGCUCUGAGACCACCACAGCCUCUACUGAAGGCUCUGAGACCACUACUGUCAUUACCAUGGGCUCUGAGACCACCACAGCCUCUACUGAAGGCUCUGAGACCACCACAGCCUCUACUGAAGGCUCUGAGACCACUACUGUCAUUACCAUGGGCUCUGAGACCACCAUAGACCUCACUGCAGGCUCUGAGACCACCACAGCCUCUACUGAAGGCUCUGAGACCACUACAGUCACUAUCACAGGCUCUGAGACCACUAUGGUCUCUACCACAGGCUCUGAGUCUACCACCACCUCUACAGAAGGCUCAGAGACCACUACAGUAACUACCACAGGCUCUGAGACCACCACAGCCUCUACCACAGGCUCAGAGAUCACCACCACCUCUGGUAAAGGCUCUGGGAACACUACAGUCUCUACCACAGGCUCUGACACCACUAUACCCUCUACUGAAGGCUCUGAGGCCACAACCACCUCUACUGAAGGCUCUGUGACCACCACAGCCUCCACUGCAGGCUCUGGGACCACCACAGCCUCUACUUCAGGCUCUGAGACCACCACAGCCUGUGCUACAGGUUCUGAGACCUCCAUACCCCCAAGGGCAGGCUCUGAGACCAACAUUGGCUUCAUCAUAGGCUCUGAGACCACCAUGCUUUCUACUACAAGCUUUGAGCCCACUGCAACUUUCUUCACAGGCUCUGAGACCACCACAGUCCCUAGCACAUCUUCUGCAGCCACUGCAGCCUCCACCACUGUCUCGGCCACCACUUUUAUACCCACCAAGGCCACUGAUGUUUCUACUCAGCGCAUCGCCAACAUGGCUGUGUCAGGCACCAGGAUCACUGGAACCAGACCCACUGCCUCCAGCUCUGUGACCAUGGCCCCUGGAAUGGAGUCCACAGCCUCUGCUACCAGCCAUGCUGUGCCAGGAAUAGUCCCAAACACCUCUGGCCUGGGUACACCUACAAUGGGAGCAUCAUCUACCACCUCAGUCCCCAGCGUCAGGACCACCCCAGGAUCCACUCGUGAGCCAACCAGCACCACCGCCCAGGAAACAGGCCCCGUGUCCAGGGUCACAAACACAGUUAGCAUGAGCCACAUGCCCACAAAUGUGAUCAAACCAGGUGGAUAUUUACAGCCCUGGGCUAUCAUCCUCAUUUCCCUUGCUGCAGUCGUGGCUGGUGUCGGAUUGUCAGUAGGACUGAGUUUUUGCCUGAGAGAACUUUGCUUCCCCCUGAGAAACAGUGGUAUUUAUUAUCCCCAUGGCCACAGCCUGGGCCAUGGUCUGGACCUAAAUUUGGGCCUGGGCUCUGGGACAUUCCACAGCCUGGGAGAUGCACUGGCUUAUGGAGGAGAGCUUGAGAUGGGACAUGGAGGAGCGCAUGGCUUUGGACAAGGAGUGUGCCAUGAACUGAGCCACAUCCAUGGGGACGACUGUGGAGGAAAUCAUGGCAGGCAUUAUGGAUAUGGAGGAAGCCACAGAGUGGGUCACAGAGGAAGCCACCAAGGACGCCAUGGCAGGACAAGAUGGCUGUGGCCAUAGAUUGGAUAUCAAAAAAUAUUUUGGGUGGGAGGGGGUCAUAGAGGAGAAAAAAAUAAUGAUCAUGGAAUAAUUAAAACGGGGCAUAGGGAGGUUCCCAGGAUGUGAUCCAUGGACAUGGACAUGGCUAGGUCAAGAAAAGAACCAGCAAAAGGACCACAGAGCCUUUAACUGGCUUGGCGAUGACUUCGAAUCAAAGGUUCUGUGAGUUUUUCCUGAAUCUCAGCCUCUGUUGUGGGGAGUCCUGACAACCACCCUCAGGACAUCUCUCCCAUCUCCCACUACCUCAGGGUCAACGUUUCUCAUCCCUGUGUUUCCUCAUGGUGCUAUAAAUAUUACCAGGACAUGUCUAAGACGCUAAAGCACAUAUGAAUGUUUUAUCAGCGCCACGUGCUUAUUUGUUUUCCUAUUUGUUCUUUCAUUUUUUUUUUGAGUGCUUAUCACUAUACCAGGAGUCUUUAAAUAUGUCAUCAUUUGGCUGGGCACAAUGGCUUAUGCCUGUAAUCGCAGCACUUUGGGAGGCCGACGGGGGUGGAUCACUUGAGGUCAGGAGUUUGAGACCAGCCUGGCCAACAUGGUGAAACCCUGUCUCUACCAAAAAUAAAAUUACAAAAAUUAGCCAAACAUGGUGGCGAGUGCCUGUAAUCCCAGCUAC